AUGCAAUCUUAUAAUUUCAAGAAUAUCCCGAAAACAUUGGCUCAAAGACAACAACUUCGACAAUGCUUUUUAUUGUCCAACUGUCAAUUCUUGAAAGCAUUUGAAGAAGCUAGUGGUAAUAAAAUAAUUCAUAUGUAUGAAAUAGAUUCAAAAAUCAAGGUUCUUCUCACUCGUCGAUAUGGACAACAAUUUAUUCAAUCACAAACAUUGUUUCAAUGUUCGCAACUGAUUCACAAUCAUGUUAUUUACAAACAACAUGCCGUUUAUGUUUAUGAUUUAGAACAUGUAGAAGAAAUUCCAUUAUUUUUUCAAAUAGUUCAUAUAUUACAGUUAAAUCAAGAAUGGAUAGUCGUUGUAGAUCUUCUGAAUACUGAUGGAUUUAGUACUAAACUAUGGAGCUACAGAGUUAGCUCAUAUGAUCGACUUGACAUAGUUUCACCAAAUAAUUUAAAAUAUUAUCACAAAGGACUUGACUUAUAUAAAGUAGAUCAUUUUCAUGUUGUUAAUCUAACAUCAAGACUAACAAAAGCAAAUUGA